AUGUCUAGACUCUCAAGUAAGAGUCUACCACAGCUCAAAGGAUAUUCACCUGGAAAUGUGCUGGCCGAACGGCCAUUCCAAGUAGUAUCGAUGGACUUUGUAAUUCCGCUACCAAAGUCUCGACGAGGGAAUACAACACUACUCUUGUGGCAAUGUGCAUUUACUGGAUUUGUUAUUGCGAAAGCGAUGUCAGAUACAGACGCGUUGACUGUGGCGAAAGUAUUCGAAGAAAGCAUCUAUCGACGAUUUGGGGCUCCAUCUCUAAUAUGA